GCCUACAACAAGCAUCAGCGCCGCCAUGGCAACCAGGGACCUGGGCAAUGGCCUGCCUCAACACGAAGAUGCCGGCGGCGAGCCGGCAAUCAUCCGAUACACGCUCCCCGCACGGCAGACAUCCUUGGACAUUGACCUGGUCGUGGCCGCCUUCUCAGAAAACCUGAGUUGGGUCGAGCCUAUGCUGGCACGUGUCUCCCCGGGUGCCGAGCUGCGACUGUAUUGCAAAGGCCCCAAACUCAACGACCCCCGCUGCUUGCGCAUCGACAACUACGGUGGCGAGGAGUACGCAUACCUCACCCACAUCACUCACUUCUACGAUGAGCUCGCGCCGAUCACGGUCUUCACUCUGGGCAGCAUCUACAACCAAGACUGGUAUUGGCUCAAGUGCCGGAAGCUGAAUUUCGUUCUGAGCCAGAUCGACACUCCAGAAAAGCGUCAGAGCUUCUCUGGCUUCGUCACGAUGGCACACCAAGCGCCAGACAGUUUCAUGGAGUUCGAGGGCUACUUCCAACUGAAGUCCUACCGGCGCCUCGGCGUUUGGACUCAAGCACUUGCUUACGCGGGCGGGGGGGGAGCAGGGCGGCACUUGAAGGUUACGGCUCUAUACAUGGUGCCCGAGGUUUUGCGGGCUUAG